CGAGUCUGCUCUUCUUCUUCCCGCUGCAGCCACCCGAAGAAAAAAAAGGGGAACCCAGCCAUGCUUGAGAAACUAGUGAGAUAAGCUUGGUUUUCUCCUUCUUUUCUUGUUCUAAAACCAGAUUUGAGCCUUGAAAUUCUCCCUCCCUUGCUGGAAAAUCUGGAUCUGCCUUGCUCUGCUCCUCACCGUCCGGCUGCUCCUGCUUUGUGGGUGAUUUCUGGGCAUAUUUUUCUGUUUCCGUGAGUUUCUCCCCUGCACUUGCCGCCGGCCUCCUCCCCAAUCUGCACUCCGGUUUUGCUUGCUGGAAAAUUCUGGUAUGUGACAGCCUUUUAAGGCUUAAAUUAUCCAUUUAAAGUUGCUGCUUGUGAUGUCCGAAUUUGGCUAGGAAAUGGGGAAAUUCCGGUAGCAAUUAAGAGGGGUUUUAAGUGUGUUUUGUUGCGUAAUUCAUGUGUAAAUUGCUUGAGUUGAUUGCUGUGAUUUUUGGAGAGAAAAUCCCGUGAUUAGCUAGUGUUUUGGCCAAUUUGUGAAAGUCGGGGUUACUGUUCACGUUGGAGUACUGUUCACGGGUACUGUUCACCGACACUGUUCACACCCCGAGGGCCAACAAUUAACGGGGAUUUAAGUGAUUAGUUUGUGAUAUAAGAACGAAUUUGGAGAUAUUUGAUCAUGUGGAGAGUGAUAGAAAUAGCAUUGUGAUUAGGAAUGAUCCUAAUGAUGAUUUUAGCUUGAAUUUGUGAUCGUCCGGUAUUAAUUCUGAGGUGUUUUGAUUAGGUUCUCGAUCGUUCUGUCAGUUAGCGUGUGAAUUGAGUGCUCGGUUUUAUGCAAGUGAGGAAGUGAAACCGAGGACGGGGAAACCACGGGAAGUGACGAGUUAGAAGGCUAGCCAUAUUGUAAUUGGAUAUGAAGUUUUAGAUAUAAUCAUGAUCUGGUAUUGGAGAUUUAUGAUAUCAGAGAGUUUAUAAAAUUGAUCUUCAGAUUUUGAUGGUAUCAGAGUGUGAAUUGGAUAAGUUCCGAGCCUUCUGCAUUUGUGGGACCCAUCUCACGAGUGCACGGCGUCUGCCACGUCCCCGAAUUUGGGUUCUGGGGCGUGACAUAUACCCUAUAAUAUUCAUCUAAUUUGUCUUCCAUUGAGAAAUUAUUUGGUCAUGGUCUUGCCUCUUCAUCUACCAAAUAAUUAUUUUUUUCA